CUCUGUCUGUCUUCCCAGACAUGAACCAAGAAUCAAUCUCAUGAUCGCUCUUUGCCGUCUCCUGAUUUACUUACCCUCCUCACCCGUGGUUCUGCGACACCUCCGCCCGCCCUUCAUUUCCCGCAACCCAGUUUCACCUUGACCUGCCCUCCGCAUUGUUGACGUUGCCCUGAUCCCCCUCCCUCUUUAUCCCCUCCAUCCUUAUACCCUCAUGCGCCGCGAACCAUGUCGACCACCACCACCACCACCGCUGCUCUAACAUCCACCACCUUGAUCGGCACCCUCCCCACCAUGGCCAGCGCCAGCCCUGCCCCUCUGGUCUCCGGCAAGAGCUGCCCGACCUGCGGCCAGGACGAAUAUCUGGCGUCUGCCGACCGCGUCAAAGACCUGCAAGGCCAGGUGGACUUGUUGAACGCUCAGGCUACACAAACGGCGGAGAAACUAGCCGCCUACGAGACCGAACUCCGACACCUGCGCGCGCAAUCCGUGCGAACCGGCUCCUCAUCCACAUCUCUUCAGACCCAGACAUCCCCGAAAUCGCAACCGGGGCGCCUCUCCACCCUCACCUCGCUCCUCCCGUCCCGGCGACCCAGCGCGACCUCCGUCCCCGCCGUCGUCUCCCCGCCGCCGCAGCCGCCGCAGCCCCCGCAGACCAGCCACGAGGAAGCAGUCGAGCUGCAGAAUGCGUUGACGCGGGAACAGGACCUGCGCAAGGCCGCGGAGAGCCAGUUGUCGCAGGCGAGCACGGAGUUGGAGGAAUUGACCGCGCAGCUGUUCAGCCAGGCGAACGAGAUGGUCGCGCAGGAGCGCAAGGCGCGGGCGAGGCUGGAGGAGCGGGUCGCCGUGCUGGAGCGGAGGGAUGUCGAGAAGCGCUCGAGGCUGGAUCGGUUGGAGAAGGCCAUGGAGAGGGUGGAGCGCAUUCGCGCGAUGGUUGGGUAGGUUGUUUUGUUCGCAUCCAGUACAGGAAGUCCGGACAGCACGCACGCACAGUACAGGACGCAUGUUUGAUUUGGUUCGGUUUAUACCCAUACCCUGGUGUUCGGCGAAUGAUUUCAUUGGCAUGAGAGAUGAUGGCCCAUUUGCUCAUGAGGGAUGACUAGCAACUCGCAUUAUCACGGCGUUAUGUUCUGCGGUAUAUACAUUUGACACGCGAUGGAUUUGUUUGCUUGUUGGCUUUAUUGUUAGCGAUGAUCUAUCAGCCAGAUCAUAACCCACCAAUGCAGUGCAAAUAAUGCAAUCAAUCAAUCAAUCAACCAACCAACCAACCAACCCUG